AUGCCUCUUCGCCAGCGCAUCGCUCGCCUGGGUGAACACCUCUCCACAUCCGAGAAGCCCUACCUUAGCUACUACGAUUCCAGCCUAACCGUCGGCGACGUCAAGUCGCUUAAAAAUGACUGGCUCUCCGACAAUGUCAUCACAUUUUGGCAGGAAUACCUCGAGCGCGAGACCCUCCCCCGCUACCCGCAAGCUCGCAUUUGCCUCCUCCGCCCCAGCAUGGCCUUUCUGCUCAUGCGCACCACAGACCUGCGCCACGUCAACAACACCCUUCCCGACCUCGCCAAGGUGACGCACAUUUUCCUCCCCAUCAACGACAACCACAACGUCGGUGACGCCGAGGGCGGCUCCCACUGGUCCCUGCUGCUCGUCUCUGUUCUCGACGGCGUCGCUUUCCACUACGACUCCCUCGGCGGCGCCAACUACUCUGAAGGCAACCUCACCACUCGCAAGCUCGGCCAGGUCCUCGGCCGGCAACUGCGCUUCGUGAACCUCGAGGACAGUCCCCAACAGGAAAACGGAAGCGAUUGCGGCGUCUUUGUAUGCCUUUUGAUGCGCCACCUGCUUGUCAAGCGUCUGCUCAGCGCCAAUGCCCGCGAAAAGGUAUCGAUGAGCAUGGCCGGCAAAAUGGUUGACAGCCACGGCGGCCGCAAGGAAAUGCUCCGCAUCAUUGACAAUCUGCGCAAAGAAGCCGAGCGUCGUCGGUCACGGAGCUCCAGUCCGUUUACAGACAAGACGCCACCGCGUAUCGAGUAG